AUGUUCUUAAUUGAAGAAAUAAUUGAUAAAGAAGCUUUUGACACUAAAUAUAUGAUACGUUUCUUAUCAAAUCAGCCUAGUCCAAGAAGUAUUUUAGGCAAUGUCGGGGUUCGCAUGCGUGUACCACUUAGGACAAGUUACAAUCAAAAAGAUUUGGAGAAGGCAAUUGAAUUAAAUCCAAAUGAACCAUAUUUACAUUGGCAACGUGGAUCACUUUAUAGAUUAACAGGAAAGUAUAAAGAAGCUUUUAAUGAGUUUAUUGCACUAGAUGAUUUCAAGCCAAAAUGUGAAUUGGACAAAUUGGAACAAGCAGAAGCGCAUUACGAUCGUGCAAUUUUAAAUAAGAUGCUUGAAAAACAUGAUGAAGCUGCAACAGAUCUAAGAAAAGCAAUUGAACUGAAUCCAAAAAAAGAAGUAAAGGAUAUCAUUGACAUAAAAUGUCUAAAUAUAUAUUAG